AGCGUGCAGCGGUGCAUGCUGGGAUACAACAUGUCUCCUGUGUCUGUUAGCUAAUGCUAACCUACGGGUCGUCACUGCGAAUACAUUUAGAUGUAUGCACGUUGUAGCGUUGUCAAGGUGUCUUCGAUAAUAAACGAUACAGCACUGUUGCCAUGUCAACAAAAGCGGAAUGCAGAGUGUCCAGUUCCAGCUCCAGGAUGGAUGACAAGAGCAGAGGUAGAGAAAAAAAGAAGCGUAAACGCAGCCGUAGUAGAUCGUCCUCUUCCUCGUCGUCGUCGUCGUCGUCCUCCUCCAGUUCGUCGUCGGCUUCGUCUUCAGCGUCCUCUUCUUCAUCGGGAUCAUCGUCACCCUCGUCCAGCAGCAGUCGGAGUAGCUCCAGAAGCAGCGACUCCCGCAGUAAGUCCAGAAAGCAAUCAAAGAAAAGGAAAAAGGACAAACCCAAAAAGCACAAGGGGAGGAAAGAAAAGCGACAUAAACGUAAAAAGGAAAAGAAAUCCAAAGGCGGUGAAGAAAAUUCUGGGCCGGUUCAGAUAUCCAAGUUCUUGAAGGAAAGGAAGAAAGGCAGGAAGUACAGCAUGAUUUCAGGAAAGAAGAUAAAGAUGAAAGUAAAGAAGUCGAAAAAAGAUAAACAGCGGGACAAAAAUCGAGCUGAACUUCUGGAGUUCUUGAACUCGACCUUGUGAUGCCCCGAGUGGACAGAACAGCCGACCUCAGGAAACUACAAGCGAACUGUCCAGGGGAAGAAAUGUAAAUAAAGGUUCAUGUCAAACCAGGGCACACCUUUAAGCAGGGUACACACAUACCCAUGUUUAACAUCUUAACUGACUUUUUAAAUGAGAGAGACCCCAUGCAUGGAGAGAAAAAAAAACAAAAAACUUGGGAAGUGUGUGCUGACUGAACAGAACACCGCACGCAUAACCGGAUCGCCAACGACAAUUGCGAGUCUCCUCUCUCGAUGCAGAUGUUUGUUGUUAUACCAUGACUGACCUAUGUGAGGCACCGUGGUGCAGACGACGAAGAAGAAGAAGAAGAAAGCGUCCCAGUAGAAGAAAUAGAAGAAGCUAGGCUAACUUGUAACAAAAUUUCCGUUGCAAGCUCUUCUUCUCAUUUUUAAUCGUGGUGAUGUCUUCUGGGACACAUUAUACAAACACUCAACACAACUAAACAAAAAUCCUUUUAAACACACCCCCCCGCCACAGGAUGGUCUUCCAGGCACCUUUGCUGACUUGGAUUAGAAAUGGGUAAAAGUGCAAAAAUGUGUCCUGGUUAUCAGUAUGUGUGUACCCCGCUUUAGAGGGACAACGUGCAGCACAGUAAGCUGAAUUCAGACCAAAUUGAGGAGCGGCGUCAUCACACAACAUUGAUGUUGCUGGUUAUGGCCAUUAUGAACAUUUGGUACACCGGCACAAUGUAAUGGGAUCCAAUACGAAAAAAUAAUGAAAAAAUCAGUUUUGAUGAACAAUGUCAGAGAUUUUCAUUUAACAAUUAGUUUAUUAUUGUGGUUUGCAGCGCCGGUGUACCUAAUGGAGUGGACAGUGGGUGUCUGUAGCUUGUUUAUUAUUCUGUCACCACUUUGGGCUUUGGUUGACCAUUGUCAUCCGUGUGUAUUGAGAUAACAGUUUUUAAUGUAACUGUGAAAUAUUUUACACAUACUUGAAACCACCAAGUAACGUCGCCAUCUUAUUUCAGCGGUGUUCUGUUAAUGAAUCUGUAAAAUGAAAUAGUCCUUCAUUUUGUCAAACCAGCUGAACGCAUUCAUGGAGCUGUGUGACCGAAUGGAAAAUAAACCAGUCA